GCCGUACUGCUCGACACGAACGGUGCCGGGGACGCGAAGGCACCGGUGCAAGCGUUUGGGGACGAGCUCGGCGGGUCGAACCUCGAGCGCAGCAUAGCGGCCGUGUUCAGUCGCGUCGCGUACGGCUCGACCACCACCACCAAGCGCAGCAUUCCGGACAACGUGUACGUGCCGAGUCUGACGACCGUCUCCACGCCGCUUCUGACGACAUACAGGUACCGUGAGAAGGAUAAGGACCCGCAGGGCGGCGGUGGCGGCGGUGGUAUGGCGGGCGGUGGUGGACCCGGUAGCGACAAGGACCCGCACUACAACCAGCAGCAGAUCAGCGCCAACCAUCGGAACUACGAGCUGGACCUCGAGCGGGACCACGUGCUGCCGACGUCGGCCCCGAACGCCGAGAUCCUGAAGAGCAACAGCAACCCGACCUACCCGAACCCGAACCGCCACCACAACCACGAUCGCCAUCGGCACUCCAACUCGACGCCAUAUCCGCACGGUCACGGCGCGAAGAAAGGGUUCGCAACCAACUCGAUGUUCUCCGGCGACGUUCCGGCGUACUCGCCGACGUCGCGCUCCUCACCGCCACUGCCACCGAACUACACGAAUCCGUUCGCCGAUAAACCGACACUCCGCGGGACGAGCAGCGAUACGACGAUCGUCAACACCGGCUCGUACAUGGUCCGACGCCCGCUGCCCCCACCGAGUCUGAUGCCGGGCCACGAGCGGAUCCCGAUGCGCCCACCAGAUCUCGUACCUGCCGCUCCCGGUUCCGGACCGGCCAUCCUAGGAGCUGGUGGUCCGCAGGCGUCCAAUAAUCCGCAGAAGACCGGUACAGGUGGACCCGCUCCACACUCGGGCGGCCCGGCGGCAGCCGGUGGCGUUUCACUGGACGCGGCGCAGCGUAAAAAGGCACUCAACACGCCGUCGGAAAAGUCCAGCAAACUGGACGCGGCCAAGACGCCCGGCGGGUACGAUGGUGGUGGUGUCGGUGUCGGUAGCAAGCAGUUCAUGCUGGACGAGAACGCCUCGAACUCGAGCGCCAUCCUUCCGAACGGGAUGCACUUCCCGUCGAUCUCGCGCAUCCUGUCCGGCUCGAACGGCCGGCCGCAGGUAAUCCCGGACGUGCUCCUACGUUCGGUCACGUCCGCCCCGCGUCCCAACCAACCCUCGUACGAUGUCGGUCCCGGUGCAGGACCAACGUCCCUGAGCAAUGCGAAGCACCCGAGCACCUACGGGGGUGCUGCGGCGGCUGGCGGUAAACCGACCGCCGACGGUGAUGGCGGUCCUCCGGAUCCGGCUGGAAACGGAGCGUCGGACGACGAAGCCGAGGAGGACGACGAAGACGAUCCGUUCGAGGAUGGUGAUGAUGAUGACGAUGACACCGGUGUUCCGGCGAGAAAAGGCAACGGCGGUGGUGGCAGCACGGCCCACUCGGGCCCCGUAUCCUCCGUCACCUCGACCGUCUCGUCGAUGCACGUCCUGUCGUCCUCUUCCUCGCCGAUCACACAGAAGAUGCCCAACCUGAACCUCAAGUCGGUGAUGGUCAAGAACGGAACGGGGACGGCAGGCAGCGGCGAAGACGGUGGUGCCGGUGGCGCAGACCGCAACUUCGCGGGCGACCUGGCGGACAUCAGCACGUGGACGAUCGCGUGGAACAUCCACGUGUACCUGUCGGCGAUCCUGUUCACGAUCCUCGCGGUCUACUCGAUCUUCAAGAUCAUCUUCUACGACAAGCUGACGCACCUCUUCUCGCAGUCGUACUUCAUCAGCAUCCACCUGAUCCUGAUCAUCAUCUGUCUGCUGCGCAUCUUCUACCUGUGCUACGACGCGUACAACAUCCACUUCAGCUUCAAUCUGUUCACUUCCGAGCUGCUCCUGAAUCUGCCGCUCACGUUCCUCACGACGACGUUCGCGAUACUGAUCCUGUUCCUGUUGCUUCGCUCGAUCAACCACAAAACGAACCGCUACAGCUCCAUUCUGCGCCCGCUCACGAUCAUCAUCGGCUCGAGUGUCCACGUGGGGCUCUGCAUCACCCUGCACCUGGUGGAGUCGUACGAGACGCAGCAGUUCUACCACAAGCAGCACCAGCUGCAGCUCCAGAACAAGCAGCUCAUGAUGGCGGCGGGUGGCGGCGGUGCUCCGGGGCGCCCCGGACACGGCCCACACAGCGGUGGUCCACCGACGAACAUCCAGAUCCCACCGCGCGUCCUGUCGCUCAUCUGCCAGAUUAUCUACAUCUUCAUCUGCCUCAGCCUGGGCAUCCUGUACCUGUACAUGUACCGGCUGCUGAAGCGCAUCCUGCACAAGAGCCAGAACUACAUCCACGGCUACAACAACCUGUCGUACGCGAUCCACAUCACGAUCGCGACCGCACUGCUGUUCAUCUUGCUGGCCGCCCUCCAGAUCUACGGUGCGAUCAGCAUUAGCUCGCAGACGAAGGUGAAGCUGUCGCCGAGCAACAGCCUGCACGAGCCGGGCGCGGCCAAGAAGACGCUCUGGGCGUCGCACAUCGAGAUCGACUGGUUCCAGUGGGGCUACCAGUUCAGUCUGCGGUUCAUCGAGAUCGUGAUCAUUGCGCUGCUAUCGUGGGUGACGGGCCUGAAGACCGGCACGUCGAAGGUGAUCCAGCGCGAGAAGGACAUGGAGCAGCCGAACGCGAGCGGGUUCGCCCUGUUCCCGUGCACGUCCUCUUCCAGCCAGGAGAACUUCGAGACCGACUACCCGGCGGUCUGCAACACGAACCGCAAUCUGCACACCUACACGAUGCGCACCGGGAAGCCGAUCUACGAUGACAAUUUUGCCCUGAACUCGCUCAACCUGGAGCAAAACAGCCAGCAGGAUCUGCAGCUCGGCGGUCCGGGUGGCGGUCCUCCCGGCCUUCCGCCGGGGGCCGAUUUCCAGCGUUCGCUCGAAACCAACAGCAUGCGCUCGUCAUCGCACAACUACAGCAACAACGAUCACAACAACCACAACGUGCUGCCGGGUGACGGAGGGGACGACUUCCUGAACGACACCGAACCGAUGCCGGACCAUUACGAGAACCCGAACUUUGAGCUGAAACACCACCACCACCAUCACCACCAGCAGCAGCACCCUCCGCAGGUCAAUCACCAGUACCACGACAUCAUGGACAACUGCUACUCGGAACCGAUCAAUGCGCCGCAGUAUGACACCAAGUCGCUGCGGGGUGCGGCCGGGCGUGCGGAACACCACCCCGGGAUGGGAGGCGGACCGCGGAACUACGAUUUCCAGAACUUUGAACGUCCCAACUUCGAACCGGUGGCGGGUCCCGGUGCGGGAACGAUCCCGUCCCACUCGGCCCUGGCCGCCGCCCAGUCGAUGUCGCGGAACGAGUUCCGCGCUUCGAAGAACCUGAAAACGCUCAAGAGUGGCCAGCUGCAGAACGAUCUCGGUGGCGGUGGUGGAGCGAACACGAUGGGUCACCACCAUCAUCACCACCACCACUACGGCCACAACAUGGGUCCGCCGGGGGGGCACCAGGGUGCCGGCAACUAUGGGGCCGGUGAUUCGUUCGACCGGCGGAUCGGAGUGCGCAAAAGUGGCACGCUGAACAAUAUCGGUGCGAUGCACUUUAACCAGCACGGUGCGCCGGCGGCAGCGGGUGGCAGCGGACGGAACAAUAAUUCCAACUCGUCCGCCUCGUCCUCCUCCAACUCGUCCCACAACCAACGGGCUGCCCUUCAGCAGCAACGCACAGCGAUGGGUCCGGGCCCGGGAGGCCACCGAGUGGCCGGGCCCGGAGCGCAAACCCUCAGCUCGUCCCGUUCGAACGAUCACCAUCAGCAGCAGCAGCAGCACCCACAGCACCUGCAUCAACACCCGGGCUUUGCCGCCCCGCAGCCCGGUAGUUUCAACGAUCGGCUAUUGAACGGUGGUGGCGGUGGCCCUGGGGACUCCCUCGAGCGACAGCACGCACACUCACAGGACAACGUGAGCAACAACUUCGACGACCCGACGAUGGUUAACGGUGGCGGCGCGGGCACGGGCGGUGCCCCUUACUACCACAGCAAGAAGCGCUCCCGGGAAUCCUCCAGCUCCAGCUACACCGGUGGCCCGGGCGGAGCCGUACCGUACGGAAUCGCUACCGGAACUGACCACCCGACCACGACGACGACGGCGACGGAGUCAUCUUCUUCGCCAACGGCCAGCAUCGGCGGUAGCAACACCAGCGGCAACGGCACCCCAACGACGACGGCACCGCUCAGCAGCGGAGUGCUUCCGGGGAAGCUUGGCCCCGGUGAGCAGCAGCAGCAGCAGCAGGGCGGCGGCAACGGCAGCAUGCUGGUGGCGGAACAGGGCUUCGUCCGGUUUCGGGCCCUCGAGGAACCGACGCUCGGAUCGGGCCGGGGGCCGAUCGGCUCCAACGUAGCGCUGCGCACCGAAAAAAGCAAACUCUUCAUGAACGCCGCGUAA